AUGCUUCGUCAAUCCAUUGUCCGUUCCUCCAACACCGCCAGCCGGGCAGUGUUCACCCGCUCAUUCUCGGCGGCUGUCCCCCGUCUGGGUGAGGGUGACACCGGCGCUCCCCGCAGCUCCGGCGGCAAGAGCACUGGUGACUCUUUCAGCCGCCGCGAAGCUGCCCAAGAGAGCCUCUACAUUCGUGAGAAGGAACUCGAGAAGCUCGCCCAGCUGAAGAAGAAGAUCGGCGAGCAGCGCCAGCACCUCGAUGACCUCGAGAACCACAUGUAA